UUGUAUCUAUUGCCACUAGGGUUUCUUCAACCCUAGCGCCGCCACCCUAUCCCCCCUCUCUCCUCCUGUCCCAUCACUAGUAUAGGCGUAGUAGUAGGUGUUUGUGGCAUAAAAAGGAUGAAGUAUUUAUUGCUUCAUCCUUAUUCACGAAUAUCCUUCACCAAAUCCAUCCAAACACGUCCUAAAGAUUGGGGUUUGGAAGAGCAAAGGUCUUCAAAUCCAUUCUUGUUCACGGCUGCGCUUAAAAACGAUUGUGAUCCAGUCAUUGUGGGUUGGGUCAUGACAGACUACUUCACUAAAUGGGUGGAAGCAACUUCUCACAAAUCAGUUACCAAGAAAGUCGUGGCUGACUUCAUCAAGAACAAUCUCAUACGCCACUUCGGCAUGCCCGGGUCCAUCAUAACAGACAAUGAAGCAAAUCUGAUGAAAGACAUCUGUGAACAAUUCAAGACAACUCAUACGAACUCUACCACCUACCGGCCACAUAUGAAUAGAGUCGUGGAGUCUGCCAACAAGAACAUCAAAAGAAUCUUGCGAAAGAUGAUCGAUAACUACAAGAAUUGGCACGAGCAGUUGCCUUAUGCUCUGUUGGGGUACAGAACAAAAACCCGAACAUCCACCGAGGCAACCCCAUACCUCCUUGUCUACAGUACAGAAGCGGUCAUACACGCAGAGGUGGAAAUUCCUUCACUCAGGAUCAUCCAAGAGGCAGAGCUAAAUAAUGCAAAAUGGGUCAGAAAUUGCUAUGAGCAACUGGCCAUGAUAGAUGAAAAGAGAAUGGUGGCAGUAUGCCAUGGACAGCUGUACAGAUAAAGGAUGUUUCGAGCCUUGAACAAGCAGGUUUGAGCCCGACUCUUCCAUAUUGGGCAACUCGUACUCAAGCGAAUCGCCCCCCACCAAGAAGAAUACAAAGGAAAACUCACGCCAAAUUGGAAAGGACCAUACAUGGUCAGAAAAGUACUAUCAGGAGGAGCCGUGGUCCUAGCCGAGAUGAUCGGACAAGAACGGCCUAAAGCUAUCAACACAAACGUGCUCAAGAGAUAUUAUGUUUAGGUUCUAUUUGCUUGCAAAAGGCAUUGAUAUUUCCUUGCAAUCGCAUUUCGUAAUAGAAUAGGAAAACAAACCAUCUAUUUAAUGAACUACGCAAUGACCUAACUUCCCCAUAUUGGGAUACGUAGGCAGUCCAUAUCGGGAUACGUAGGCAGUCCAUAUUGGACCCGGUCGCAUUACUAGUGAAAACCAAAAAUCUAAUUACUUUAA